AUCAGACUUUUAAAUAAAUUAAAAUAAAUAAAAGUUUAAUGUAAUUUAACAAUAAUAAUAGUGACGAGAAGUCGAUAAUUAUUAUAUUAUAAUCUUUGAAUCAAAUGGCUUUUGUGAGACGUUUCAUGCCCAUUUUAUCACGAUUAGUUCAAAAUACAUCCUCUAAUCAACAUCAAAAGAUCCAUAGAUGGGUGGCCCCUACUCUGAGAGAAUUGAAUAGGCGAGAGGAUAAAAAUGGAGGAAAGAUAAUUUCCCCUAGAAAUACAUAUCUAGAAUGGAAUUUAGAAGCAGAAUUAUUUGCUUUUGGAAAGCGUUUAAAAGAAGACUUUGAUGCUGCUCUAUUAUUUCAAGCUUUUACUGACAGAUCUUAUGUAAUAAAAGAAGAAAUGAAGCAAAAAGAAAUAAAGUUUGAUAUUAAAAUGAAGGACAAUAGAGAACUGGCAGAAGAUGGUUAUAAGUUUAUGGAUGAAUAUAUUGAUUUGUACCUGCAAGCUGUUUUGCCCAAGUUUCCAAUUGAAGGAGUUACUGGAAUUAAAAAUCAUUUACUUAGUGAAAAAGUUUUAGCAAAUAUCUCAUUUCAUCUUGGCACAAAAGACAUUAUACUAGCUGCUGAAUAUCCAGUUGACAAUUAUAAAUUGGCGAACACAUUUAAGGCGAUUGUAGGUGCUCUUUAUCGAUCCUCAGGUGAAGAGAGGACGGCACACUUUGUUCGCGAUUUCGUUAUUACCCAGUUGCAAGGUCAAGAUGUAAAUGAAUUCUUGCAUAUAGAAGAUCCAUGGAAGCUACUCAAGGAACUUAUAUCAAAAGCUGGAUCUAAUAUUGAACCGAGGUUAAUUGGUCAAGCUGGAACCAAUACAUUACUGGCAUGCUAUAGAGUUGGCAUUUAUAUCAACAAGGAAAUGCUUUCAGCAGGAUUUGGAGAAACAGUCAACAUUGCAAAAGAAAUGGCAUCACGAGAAGCAUUAAAGAAAUUAUUCGGCACCCAGGAGAAUAUGUACCCAAUAAAUUUUAGAUUAAAGGGUAUCCCUAAAACAAACCCGGAGAUGAGGUAUCAAAUAGCAGCGAGUUGAGAAGAACAGCUCUUUAGUAUAGAUAUAAUAUGUAUGUAGGUUCGUAAUUAAAUAAUAAUAAGACAUUAAUAAAUAUAUUAAUUUAA